AUGCGAGAAUUAAUAAAGGAAAUUGCCGUAAAGCGUGCAGUGGAAGCGUUUUAUACUGGUGGUAUUGUUCGCUGGAGCGCAAAUGGUCGACGUCUUUUCUCAACAUGCUCAAAUGUAGUAAAAGUGAUUGAUUUAGAUAAUAAUAAUGAAAGUUUCACAAUCGGCGAUUCCGAUGAUGAAUUGAGAAUCACAUGCAUAACAUUAGACCAAAAUAGGAAUAGACUUUUAAUCGCAUAUAAUAAUCAAGUGAUUCGAGAGUACACACUGCCCUUUGAGCAAAAUGACAAAACAGAAUUGGCAAGAACAUGGAAAACAAUGCACACAGCUCCUGUUCUCGUAAUGGAAUUUGAUAGCACUGGAGUUUUACUAGCAACUGGGUCAGCCGAUCAUGUUGUAAAAGUGUGGAAUUUGGAACUUCAGCAAUGUAUACACACUUUGAAAGGACCCUCUGUGGUUUCAGCCAUUUUGUUCGGAGAAAAUGAGAAGCUUGUAGUCGGAUAUAUUGAAGGACAACUGCAUUUGUUCAACAUCAUGCGAGGAGCGCAAAAGAAAUUGGUCAAAGAGUGGAAAAAUCAUAGCAGUCAUAUUUCCUGUUUAUUACAAAUACCAGCAAGUCGGCAAAUCAUUGCUUUAUCACGAGAUCAAACAUUGUCGAUUCAUGAAACGGAAACACAUGAAACACUAAAAGUGUUGCCUUUGUACGAAUCAAUCGAAGCGGGAGCAAUUGGACACAAUGGAAAUUUGUUCACUGUUGGCGAGCAAGGAAUACUGAAAGAAUGGGUUGUUGAAACCGCGAAACUUGUGCGAAGGCAAAAGAUAUCGGGAAGCGCAUUGGACCAACUUCGUUAUGAACCGAUCAGCAAUCGAUUCGUGGCAGUUUCCGCUGAUGAGAAUUUGUUCGUGAUUAAUUUUGAUGAUUUUUCGCUGUCACGACAAAUUGUUGGAUUCCAUGAUGAGAUUUACUCUUGCUGCCUUUUUGGUAAAAACGAGUCCCAUAUCGCGGUUGCUUGCAAUACCAGCGAUAUUCGUGUAUACGAUUCGGAAACCUUGGAUUGUAUCAUUGUUCGAGGUCACACUGAAAGCGUUCUCUCAGUGGUGUCCCCUUCUUGGGACUCUAAUCUUCUUGCGUCGUGUUCAAAAGACAAUUCUAUCAUGUUUUGGAGAUUUGUGCAAAACGAAACAGACAAAAAAGCGCAACUACAUCCGAUUGCAAUUGCGACAGGACACGCCAACUCGGUUACCUCAAUUUGCAUGUCAAAUACUGCUCGAAUGCCAUUUAUUGUUUCCGUUUCAAGCGAUUGCAUGCUGAAAUUGUGGUCGCUUAAAGAAUUGACAAAGUUUAAAAUCCCGAAAUUGGACUUGGAUGCUACCGAUUUCACCGAGAAGCUGCCGAAAUUGACAUGCAGUUCUACAAUUCUGGCUCAUGCAAAAGAUGUGAAUUGCGUGGAUGUUGCUGAAUCAGAUGUCGUCAUUGCUACUGGAGGAAUGGACAAAUUAGUAAAGCUUUGGCAGAUUGACAUUCAGAAAAUGCAGAUUGGCAUCGGAGGAACAUUGAGCGGACAUAGAAGAGGAGUUGGUGAUGUUCGAUUUGCAAAAAACUCUCAUAGAAUGGCUUCGUGUAGUGGAGAUAUGACAAUUAAAAUUUGGAAUGUCACUGAGAAAACCUGUUUGCAAACUCUCAAUGGGCACACUUGUGCAGUUUUUAGGGCAUUAUUUGUCAGCAAUGAUUACCAAUUGAUUUCUGCUGAUAGCGCUGGAAUUAUAAAAGUUUGGACGCUGAAAAAUAGUGAAUGCGAAACUACCAUUGAUGGGCACACGGAUAAGAUUUGGACAUUGAGUGCAAAUUCGGAUGAAUCAGAAUUUUUGAGUGCUGGUAGUGAUGGAAGAAUUGUAAUAUGGAAAGACGUUACUGAAGAGAAGCAGCUUAUUGAGGAUGAGAAGCGAAGAGAGAAAAUCGAGCAAGAGCAGACUUUGACGAAUCUACUUCAACAGGAGAGAUUCCAGGAAGCUCUUGAAUUCGCUUUAAAUCUUGUCAGGCCGUACUGCGCAUUGAAGGUGGUGAACGCUCUCAUGGAUAAUGAUCAGCUUGGUGAUGCGAUUAAAAAACUUGACGAUAGAAAAAUUCAAAUUUUAUUGGAAUUCGCGACCCAAUGGAACACGAACAGCAAAACUGCGCAAGCUGCUCAACAAGUGUUGCAUAAUGUUCUUUUGACAAUACCGCCCGAUGAGUUUUUACAAAGGCCGAAUAUCAGGAAUAUUAUUGAAUCGUUUUUGCCUUAUACGAAACGGCAUAUGGAUCGAUUGGAUCGGGUCCGACAGGAUGCGAACUUGUUGAAUUUUAUAUGGAAACAAAUGAGAAUUGCAUAG